AGUUAUUCUUUCUUUAUUUAUAAUUAUCUACUUAUUGCUUUUUGCACUCAUGAUUGGCUAUUAGUCACUUCAGGGCGACACAGUGCUGUUUUUAAAAGACGCGUGUAAUCUGUGAAUGUGUUGUAGGAAAACACACUGUGUCCACUAAUGUGUGUAAAACAACGUUAUCAGAUUCCACUUAAGUUAUCAGUACUGUAGGCCACGGGCUAAGGAAUCGUGCGGUUGUUUUUUUGGUUUUCCUUUUGUUUAACAAGAAUUAUAUAUGAGGGUUCUCAAGAUGAGGAGUGUGACGCCGGUGGCUGUGACCCCGGGCGAUGGGUCCGCUAAAACGGAGACGGAGUACAAUAUGAAGUCCAUCAGGUGUCUCCUGAUGAUCAUAACAGCCAUGUUUAUUGUGGUAGGAGGAUUGAUGAUAGUGCUGGGUAUAUCAGUAUACUCCCACUUCCACAGCUUCUCCUCAUUCUACGAAAGUGGAAUGAUCCGCAUGACGCCAUCCACCCUCAGCGUAUUCAUUGGGUUGGCACUACUGAUCAUAUCCAUCUUCGGUUUCUUCGGCAGUUUGAAGCUAAGCACCUGCAUGGUCAACGUGUAUGCGUUCAUCUUGAUGCUGGUGUUCAUCGUCAAGUUAGUUGUUGUAAUACUCGCCUUCACCACAACUGGAUAUGAUAUAUGGAGACACAUUAACGUGCCCGUAGCAAUGUACAACGAUCCUGAGGUUCAACAAGAAAUAGAUAUGCUGCAAUCUAGCUUCAGCUGCUGCGGCAGUUAUUCCUACAUGGACUACUUGGACGUGAUGUUUGGGCCCAACCAGCCUACGCUGCAGGCCACGAUGGUUAUUGAUGGAGACUUAGUCUCCAUGACUUUACCCAGAACGUGCUGCCUCUCCAUCACUGGAGAUUUCUGUCAACGAGUAUCAGGGAUCGGAUGCAAGGACGCAUUAGUAAACGCUAUGGUGCAGAACUCCACUGUCAUCGGUGUCCUCGGAAUAUCCGUGAUGUUUAUCAAUCUCCUCGGCAUAAUAUUUGCUCUGCUCCUGGCUCGUUGUAUACGCAAGCUGAAGAGUGCUAGAGUGUUGCUUGCGUGGAGAGUCCGAGAAAGGGUUAUCGUGGCCCGACAAGCCGAAGAAAAACAGCAGACUGAGGCGAACCAAGUUUACAUCGACCCACAGUCAUCAAGCACAGCAUAAUUUCAAAGCAAAGCUAUCAAGUUAUUUUUAAGGUUUUUUCGCAUUUAUAUUUAAGUAUAAUCUUUACCUAGGCUGUGAAGAAUCGCCUACUAUCAAUUGUUUAAACAAGUUUAUUUUUAUUUUUAAUGACAUUUUAAGUAGUCAUAGGCUAUUUUAGUGUUAAGCACAUGUGAGUAGGUGUCAAAUUUAUAUAUGAUGUAAUCUGUUCCAAAAUAUACCUAUACCUAGGUACUUGCUUAAUUCUUAGGUUAGAGAAGGAAUGGUGUGGAUUUUAGUCAGUCUGAAACUCCCUCUCGCCCAUGGCGUGAAAAGUCAUUCGAUGACCUUCACCCUCAACAAAAGAGGUAGGUACCGACGUAUCAAGUCCACAGUUGUGAAAAAAUAAACUCAGUUGCUCAGUAGGUACUGUACUUACCUACAUCCUAACUUAUCACUGUUGGUCAUAAAACUUGUAUCUAUAUUUGUUUUUGUAAUUAAAUAAGUUUACAAACAUUUCGGUGUAUUAUUUGACACAUUUGAACUUGAAUUCGCAAUAAGAUCAUUGACCAGAUUGCAUCUUAAAGGACCAGCUGCGUUAAACGUUGAAAAAAGAACGUUUUAACGUAGGUAGGUAGCUAAGAAUAUCAAAAGAAGCAAAACAAAGAAAUAAAACUCAAAAUUUGGAGUGCAUAUUUGGCAUUUAUUUAGAAAUCUUAUCAGCUCAGCAACUACAAACAUCUUAGGAACAUAAUAUUAAAGUAAAAUAUUAGGUACAACACUGGUACAAAUAUUAGGGAUGUCAUAUAAUGAGAUGAUUAAGGAUUUCGCGUGGUAGUCAAGUAGCCACUGGGUACAAUAUUUGAUAAAGUUAACCUUGUCAUUACACUGCAAACUUAUUACAGCUGAACUGACUGAAUUAAGAUUAACAUGACAUAUAUACUCACAAGCGACAUCUUGUGAGUUCAAAAUCAAAAUGUUUUAAUCCUUCAAUAUUGCAGGAACAGACAUUCAAUGUUUUAGCAAAGUAAAUGACACUCAUAAAUCUAAUAAAAAAAAAAUAAAACAAUAAUAUUGACUGCUAUCAGAGCGUUAUAAUGCGUAAAAUAAUUUUAUACCUACCUACUUUGCUAAUUACUUGAUAUAUUACAAGAAAAAAAAAACCUUGCAUAGAUUAUACCAGCGAUAAAAAAACAUACGUUUUUUGUUUAUGUAAAUCAUAGUACCUCCGAUUAAAAUGUAUUUAUUUAUUCAUUUAUUAUUUAUGCCUUAUUUUUUAGUCUCGUAUUUAAUACUGGGAUUUUCUAGAACACAUUGGACGCACUUAAUUGCGAUUUAUUUGACAUUCAUGCAGACAGGUUUUAUUACAAAUUACAAAAAAUAAAUAAAACAUAGGUGCAGUAACCUCGGUCAUAGAAUUUACGAUUAUAUAUUUUUUUUGGUUUUUGUUCUUAAUAACGCAUUGAAGUCAUCAUUUUAUUACCAGACUGGAAGAUAAAGUACUAUGAUAUUAUCACACACAUAUCUUAUCUGAAUGACGAAAGAGAAUAGAGCCCUACUUCUAAC